AUGGCUAACUGGGCGCAGAACAAAGAGAUGAAUGUGGACGCGGUGAUUCAGCAAGGCUGCAGAAUUAAGAAAAAGAAAGAUUACAACAAGCCAAUGAUCGGAUAUGAUCAUUCUUAUAGUUCUCGACUAAAUGAUCUCAACAUUUUCUCAGAUUUCCGGCGCUUGUUAUGGUUCACUGGAGUCCAUUUCCGACGAUGCUUCAGCUCAUCAGUCUGGGAGCGAGAUGACUGGGGACUGCACUGCAGAGGGAAGAAACUCAGAGUUGGACUGCGGGCUCUUAGCAACAUGCACAGCAAGAUUAGCGCCGGCUUAGCGGAGAUCUGCAAUGGAGAGUCUGACAACGGCCAGGCUCUGCUACGUACAGCCUUGAAGGUCAAUGAGUCGGUGGUCGCGACACAACACCACCGUCAGAUCCCGAAUCUCCUGGCCAUCAUGACCCUCCUCCGCACAGAUGGACGAGAUCGCGACUACAACACCCUGACCAAUCCCCUUUCAGCCCACGCGCUCGAAUAUCUACCUAGUUGCGAUCCACGUAGGGAGGUAAUUCCUGUCUUACCGCGACUGCCGAUGGAUAAGGAAGGGGGGCUCUACAUAGCAUUUGACAGCUUUUGUCGGCAUGCUUGGAUGUCCGCUGUUGAUGGCGACCCGCUGAAAGCGUAUUAUUCUUACAAUCAAGCAAGCUUCACCAGUUUUUAUGCAGGUGAAUUUUACAAUUUCUUUAGGAAGAAGCAAACCCAUGAAACCCAACAAACCCCCCGCAAUGCUGACCAAGGACUUGGGGAAGAGAGCCACGAGGCAUUCAUGAUAUGA